AUGGCUGUGGCAGACGACUCUAGUAUCGUGCCCAGCAUAGAUGAUCUUGACGGGCAACGGCGUCGUCCCAAUAUGGAGGGGAGCACUGUAACUGCGUUUACAGACGACGUGACUAUCCAAGACAAGCAGGACGUGCACGAUUCUCUUCUCCUCGCUCGACUCGCCGCAGCUAAAAAAUUUGACGUCGAAGAGAGGCCAAGGGAUUGGUACAAGGAGUUCUUGAAGGUGCUUGUUAACGUCGGCUGGAGGAUCAAACACAAACAAUUUCAAGAAAUCCUUCAACAUUCAUCUCGCCUGCCCUUCAAGGAUUUCGUCUCCAACACGACGUACGAAUCAGCCAGCGAAAACGAAAAGAAAGUCAUUAAAAAAUCAUUAGACGACGCUCUCUCGUCAGCUAAGAAAGUGGAGAAGUUUGAAGAUUCGAUCUCUGAUGGUAACAAGGGACACCUUGAAGUUGGCGUAGCAACUCGACAAUCCACCGUUGGACUCACUCUGCUCGUCAACGGAUAUUACUUCUCAAUGAAACCUCAACCUCUUCAUCAUGAUCGUCGUCGUUCUUUCCGGAUGCAAGUCAAUGUAUCUGAGAUGAAUCUCUAUGUGUCUACUACACAGCUGCAAUUGAACGAGACGGUCUACGGACAAGUGAGGCAAGACAUAAGAGAGAAAUUGGAAACACGAAAGUCUAAGAAAUCCGAGAAGAAGUAACUCAGAAUGUUUGCUUUUAAUUAAUGGAGAUUUCAAUGAGAAGUUUAGACGAGUUUAU